AUGCAACUCUGCAGAAAUCGUGGUCAAGUUCAUAGUGGUACACAACCAACACCCCGGUUGUCUUCUCGGGCGACAAACUGGUUGGUUGGACUUCAAAUUUCGUCCAUCAAUUGUGCAGUAUCUCCCAAUUCCCUUCGCCAACGGUAUCCCAGUGUCUUUGACGGAGUAGAAAAACUCACCAAUUACCAGCAGAAAAUUUCCAUCAACACCAACAUCAAACCUGUUGCUCAGCCCCCACGUCGAAUUCCCUUCUACGUUCGCAAGCAAGUUUCCACCAAACUUGAAGAACUCGGAAGGCUGGAUAUAAUCGUGAAGGUCCGUGGCCCAACACCCUGGGUCUCACCCUUGGUGGUCGUACCAAAAUCUAGUCGUGAAAUCCGUGUCUGCGUAGACAUGCUCCAGGUAAAUACGGCUGUAAUACGAGAGCGGUAUCCCAUUCCCACAGUCGAAAAAAGCCUUCAGGAUCUCAACGCAGCAGCUGCUUUUUCGAAAUUAGAUCUUAAGUGGGGCUACCAUCAAAUUGAACUGGACGAGAAAUCCAUACAAUUGACCACCUUUACUACUCAUGAUAGCUUGUACCGGUAUAAGCGUCUUAUGUUCGGGAUAUCUGCUGCUCCUGAGAUUUAUCAACAUUCUAUCCAACAAGUUCUACACGGUCUACCUGGGGUCAAGAACAUUUCGGAUGAUAUAAUUGUUUUCGGCAACGACAAGUCAGAACAUGACAGAAAUCUGCAUGGAGUACUUGCUCGACUUCAAGAACGGGGACUUACGUUAAACAGUGCGAAAUGCAUGUUCAGUGUUUCUGAAAUAACUUUUUUUGGCUUUGAUAUUUCUGCCCGUGGGAUUCGCCCGAACGCCCAGUCAGUCGAGGCUAUUUGUAAUUCCCCAACACCCACGAAUGCUUCAGAG